CCUAGGCAGGGCGCCGCGCGCGGUGGGGCUAGCUCGGCGUCCUCCUAGCCUUGGGGCACGUGACGUUCGCAUCGGACCGAUCCGCUGCAGCAUCCGAGGUGCUGGGCGUGGGGCGAGGGGGUGGGAAGUGGCGCCGGCGCCGGCCGUGAAGCACGAGACCAUGGAACCAAAGUGGUGGUUGUUUAUGGUUGUGCUGCUCCUUGGAACAGUGGUUCAGGCACAUGAUGGACAUGAUGAUGAUGAAGAUGAUGAUGAUGAUGAUGUGAUUGAUGUAGAAGAAGACCUGGAAGAUGGCAUUGAGGAAAUAGAAGACUCAAAGCCUGGAGAUGGUGCCACUCUUCCACCUCCAUCACCAAAGGUUACCUACAAAGCCCCAGUUCCAACAGGGGAGGUUUACUUUGUUGAUGCCUUCGACAAGGGAAUGCUGGUUGGAUGGGUUUUAUCCAAAGCCAAGAAAGAUGAUACUGAUGACGAGAUUGCCAAAUAUGAUGGUAAAUGGGAAGUGGAAGAAAUGAAGGAGUCUAAACUUCCAGGAGAUAAAGGGCUUGUGUUGCUGUCACGAGCCAAACAUCAUGCCAUCUCUGCACGGUUGAACAAGCCGUUUAUAUUUGACACUAAGCCCCUCAUCGUUCAGUACGAGGUGAAUUUCCAAAAUGGAAUAGAAUGUGGUGGUGCCUAUGUGAAAUUGCUUUCAAGAACCCCAGAAUUGAAUCUGGAUCAGUUCCACGACAAGACCCCUUACACGAUUAUGUUUGGUCCAGAUAAAUGUGGAGAGGACUAUAAACUGCAUUUCAUCUUCCGGCAUAAAAACCCAAAGACAGGCAUCUAUGAGGAGAAGCAUGCUAAAAGACCAGACACAGAUCUGAAGACCUACUUUACUGAUAAGAAAACACAUCUAUAUACAUUAGUCUUGAAUCCAGAUAAUAGUUUUGAGAUAUUAGUUGAUCAGACAGUUGUGAAUAGUGGGAACCUGCUGAAUGAUAUGACUCCUCCUGUGAAUCCUCCCCGGGAAAUUGAGGACCCAAAUGACCAAAAACCUGAAGACUGGGAUGAGAGACCCAAGAUACCAGAUCCUGAUGCUGUCAAACCAGAUGACUGGGAUGAGUCUGCUCCUGCUAAGAUUCCAGAUGAGGAUGCUACAAAACCUGAAGGCUGGUUGGAUGAUGAGCCGGAAUAUGUAUCUGACCCAGAUGCAGAGAAGCCAGAGGAUUGGGAUGAAGAUAUGGAUGGAGAGUGGGAAGCUCCCCAAAUUGCAAACCCAAAAUGUGAGUCAGCCCCUGGUUGUGGUGUCUGGCAAAGACCUACCAUCGACAAUCCCAAUUACAAGGGCAAAUGGAAGGCACCUAUGAUUGACAAUCCUAACUACCAGGGAAUCUGGAAACCCAGGAAGAUUCCAAAUCCAGAUUUCUUUGAAGAUCUAGAGCCUUUCAAAAUGACUCCUUUCAGUGCUGUGGGUCUGGAACUGUGGUCCAUGACCUCAGACAUCUUUUUUGACAACUUUAUUAUUUGUGCAGACCGAGUUGUUGCAGAUGAUUGGGCCAGUGAUGGGUGGGGUCUGAAGAAAGCGGCGGAUGGGGCUGCAGAGCCUGGUGUCAUGGGGCAAAUGCUUGAAGCAGCUGAGGAACGUCCAUGGCUUUGGGUGGUCUAUAUCCUCACUGUGGCCUUGCCAUUGUUCCUUGUGAUACUCUUCUGCUGUUCUGGAAAGAAACAGCCCAAUGCUGCAGAGUAUAAGAAGACUGAUGCUCCUCAACCAGAUGUGAAGGAAGAGGAGGAGGAAAAAGAGGAGGAAAAGGAGAAGAGAGAUGAAGAAGAAGAAACUGAAGAGAAAAUUGAAGAGAAGCAGAAAAGUGAUGCUGAAGAGGAUGCAGGUACUAUUAGUCAAGAGGAUGAAGAGAGAAAACCUAAAGCAGAGGAAGAUGAAGUUUUGAACAGAUCACCCAGAAACAGAAAGCCACGAAGAGAUUGAAAGAAUUUAAGAACUUGAUCUGUGAUUCCCUUUUCCCCCUACCCUGGAUGUGAUCCUAGGAGAGGACCUGGGAUAAACCUUAUAUGUUGAAACCCAGAAAAACCUCAAGACUUCACUAUCAACAGAUUCCAGUCAAACACUAUCCAAUGAAAUUUUGAGCAUCUAGCAGUAAUUAAUUGCAAUUGUGAUAAAAAGAACACCAUUCCUGUAGAAAGAAAGCAUUUAAUGUAUGGGCAAUGAAUUCUGGAUGUAACAUGAAGCAACUAACCUGUUAGGGUUUGGUUUGGGGGGGGGGGGGGCUGUUUUGUUUUUUGGUUUUAAAACACUUUUAAAAAAUAGAAUGUUAGAAUAUUGCCAAUCUUCAAGAACUUUGGCUUAAUUUAAUGUAUUAAUCUAUCCAUGGAAAAAUAACAGCAAAGUUUAGAAAAUGCUAGGUGAUGAAUUGCAGUUUUUAUAACGUAGUUUUUUUUUUUAUAAACUUCGAUAUUCCAAAACAUUGAAGUGUCUAUGUCCCUUAAAAUUGAUAAUCAUGUUUAAAGUGAAGUCAUUUGUGUGGAUAACAUUGAUUACUCUCUCCCACUCUUUCAUUCUACCUCUUCAGGAGAUUUGAGAUUGGGGGAGAAUUCCAAACCAUAAUAGAUACUGUUUGAUUAAGCUUUAUUAAAAAUAGAGCUACAAAAAAGGCCCUUCUUUUUCCACUCUGUGUUGGAAGGAGCAUGAUUAGGCCACAAUAUGUGUUGCCUUUGGUUACUGCUAAAGUUCCAGUAUUCCAUAGUUGGCACCAAGAAUAAAUAGGUGGGUAGACUUACCAUUGGUACUUAGGCAUUCAGGCUUCCCAGGCUGGUUGUCUGGGCUCUAACCUUAUGUGGUUUCUCUAGACUUUGAGCACUACUCAUUGGGGCUGUCAGGGGGUGUGCGACUGUGUGUGUGUGUGUGUGUGUGUGGUGGGGGGGGGGGGUUGUUACAGUUUCUCCUUCCACUCUGUUAUUGUUUCCCCCAUCCCAGGCUUUUUCCCUGCUGCUAUGCAGUUUCUUCAGAGUGCAGCUUGCCCUCCAUUGCUGGAAAUGAUUAUAUGCUCAGCACAGUGUUAAACUUGAGUGGUUACACACACACACACACACACACACGGUUUUUAAAAAAUAAUUUAAAAGACUCAAAUGUCUUCAGUGUCCAGAUACAGACUAGAACAUAGUCAAUCCCUCAUUUUUCCCAUUUAUGUGUUUAGAGAUUAUAGUGGUCAGAUCAGACAAACUGAUUCAGAUUUGAUUUCAAACAAUGCAAUUGUUCACAAAGUAUUUGGUUGGACAAUGGGGUUGUCUGGGUUUUGUAGCAUGAGCUACCUGGUAUACAUAACUGUUGAAUUUUUUUUAAGUCUCCAUGUAACAAUUGCAUCUUAAAGUACACUGAAAGUAGGGGGUUCCAAUUCAAACAGUUUGCUAGGUGGCUUAGUGUAUUGCUGGUCUUAGGUCUUUAAUUGGGGGGAGGGGGGAUUCAAAUGCAGAUGAGGGUUAUCUGAGCAUUUACUCCAAAGAGUUAUUAGUGCUUUGUAAUGACAUCACACUCUACUGAAAUACAUUGGGAGCUGGAUGUUGCUAUUUUCGCUGUUUGUUUAGAAUAGCUUGAAAUGUACUGAUUCACUGUCCUUGCACUGAAUAUAUAAACACUCCACAGUGUUCUUAUUGGGAACAGCAGGAGGUGAUAUUAGAGAGAAUUCUCAAAAAGAAUUGUCAGUUUAUUUUGUGGACUAUUCUACUCCAUGACUGGCACCUCUCUUUAAAAGUUGAGAGGCAACAGGUGGAAGACUAGAGGAUAUUUUUUCUGCCUGUUCAAUGCUAUCUUCUUUCAUGUUAUCUUGCUAGGUCAAAGUGGCCAUAAAUGUAGCAAUGAAGUCCAAUGCAAAUAAACCUUUAUUUAGUAAGGGCCUGAAAGCAUGUUUACAGGUAUCUACUUGAAGCAAAAGUAUGGGACCAUUGCACUUCCAACUGUACCUUCAGAACUAUUAUGUGCCUCUCGUUUUGAUGAUUUUCUUCCCACCUGGGCAAUGGAAACUUAAGCUGACCUUGCAUUAUUUUGAUUCCUUAAAAUAGGCAUCUUUGUGCACCCUACAAGACCAGGAACUUUUCAGAACUUGUCCCAUAGAUUCCAUAUUAUUUAACACAAAAUAGUUUUACAAGUGGCUCUUCCUGGUUCUCUCUCUACUUUGCCAGUGUAAGGUGAGGCCUCCUACUUCAGUAUCUGACAGCUUUGUCAUGGAUGACCAGCCACACUUUGCACAGCACCUCAACAAGAGGCAACAAUGUUUAGUUAUUUUACACUCCAGUUGUCUGGUUCAUUAAUGUGCAAAUUCCUGUCCUCCAACAGAUGUGCUCCUCAGUUUCUCCCAUUCACAGAAAAAGUGCUAUUCUUUUCCAUUUGUCAAGCUACUAAAACGGUGUUGCAUUAAAGCUACGUGUUAAUCUCUUCUGCUUUUGACUAAGCUUCUUUACCUUCAUUUGUGCAUGUUUCCUCCUUUGGUGUGCACUACUUUGAUUUUAAACAACCUUUUCCCCUCAAAAAUCAAUCUUCCCCUUAGUUUCCAACACAUUGUGGGAAAAUUAAUACAGAUCUUGACUCAACAAAAUAUUAGGAACUAUAUAUAAAAUUGGAAUUUGUGUUCAGGAAAGGAAGCUGGGAGCCUGAACAGCAAAACAGAAAACAUGCUUGUUUAGUCUUGUUGGUUAGAUAGAUCAUAGAAUUCAAAGUAUUUUCAGUUGUUAAUUUGUUUCUAGGUGGUAAGGAUGGGGGGGUUGCCACAGUGAUUUAUUUUUUCAAAAAGUAACCACUGUUACUCCAAACCAGAUAUUAGACUCCAGUUGUAGUUUCUAAUACUAGGAGGACUUUGAAAACUAUGCCAAAAGAAAGCUUUUCUAUAAAUGGAGGGGGUGUUUUUUGGUUUUUUUAUGUUGCUGUACUAAAGGGGGUGCAUAUAAAUGCAGCAAAAUUGAUUCUCAUUACUGGCUCUUGUUUGGUUGUAUCUUUAAAUGAAGGAAAUGGAGAACAUUUCCAAUAAAUAGGAAAUCUGCCCUGAGAUGUAUGGUGACCUUUUACAUUAGGAAGAAAGGUUGAUGAAGAGGGAUGGUGUUCUGGAUAAAGAUGGUUAUGCAACAUAUGUUCUUUAUUAUGCCUCCACUUAGGGCAGUAAAUAGGGUGCUCUUAGCCAGUGACUUUUUUUUUUUAAUUUAAUUUGGGCCCAUACAGUUUCUCAAGCCAGUAUUGCCUCCAUAAGUCCUUGAGCAGUUUCCUUGUAUUGCUAAACAGGAACUGUUCUCUCAGCAACCACUCCUGUGUCUGUUGUGGAAGGAUAAUUAUAGAUGCAAUAUGCAUAUAUAAAUAUAUUGGAUAAGUUAUAAUGUAACAGUUUACUCUAAUAAAGAAAAUUAAAAUCUA